CACCGAAGCCAGCCCCAGCUCCAGAGCCAGCAGCACGGAUGGCCAAGCCGACCAAGGAGGGAAGCUCCAUGCUGGCCACAUGCCCCUGACUGAGCUACGAGAUGAGACCGGACACAUGAGGAGGGGCAAGGAGGAGGUGGUGGGGGUCGUCUCCGACUUCUACAGCAACCUCUACGCCCCCAAGUCAUCCGACCCCGAAGCCGCCGAGAGGUUCCUGUCAGAGCUCUUCGCUGAGACUAUCCGGCAAAAUGGAGAGAUCAGAGGGAUCACCGCACCAGGACCAGAUCGCUACGAGGUCAACUGCUCGCUCUACAUGGACGAAGUGACCGUCUUCUGCACUGACCAGCGUUUGGUGACAGCACUCGUCCAGACCUGCGAGGACUUCAGCAGAGCUUCGGGGGCAAAAGUCAACUGCGGGAAGUCGAAAGCCAUGCUCUUCGGGGAAUGGCACCUGGCCUCUUCCGCCCUCUUCCCCUUUACUGUUAAGCUGGACUUCAUUCAAAUUCUUGGAGUCUGGUUCGGGGAGGAAGGAGCGGCCUUUAAGUCUUGGCAAGACCGACUAGGAAAGAUGAACUCUAAGAUCGGACUGUGGAGCUCCAGAAAGCUCUCUAUUGAAGGCAAAGCACUUGUCCUGCGUAGUGAAGACAGCUGUUUCGGGAAGAUGUGUGAGAAGGCCGUUGAGAAUGCCACACCAGUUAUUACGAAUUUGGACUUCGAGACUACUGAUGAAGCCUACACCCCAUUACAGUGCUAUAAAAACCAGUGA